CCGACGAGCACCUUCCCCAUCCUCCUCCGCCCCACCUCGCGGGACACACGCCAUGGCCUUCUCCCCGCGGUCGGCGUGGUCGCGCUCCAGGAAGCCCGACAUCUACUCCACCUUCGUAGUCCACGACGACGAAGACGAUGCCCGCGGCGGUGGCUCCGCCGCGGCGGCGGAUGACGACGAGGACGACCCCUCCUCGCUGCCCCCGCUCCUCCAGCGCCUCCCCAAGGACUUCGGCGGCGCAUCCUUCGACGACGACGACCCCUACUCAGACCUCGACGACGCGUCCCUCUCAGACACCGUCGUCAUCAAGCGCGGCGCCCCCGCCUCCACCUCGUCAUCCUCCCGAUCCCCGUUCCUGGAUCUGCGCCGCUCCAGCCCCCGCGCCGCCGAGGACGACCCGUACUCUACCUUCGUCGUACACGGCACCGCGCGCUCCGGCGGCGCCUCCAGCCCGCGGGAGUCCGUCUCCGGCACUUUUAUACGCCACUCGGGUGGCUCCUCUAGUCCCCGCGAGUCCAUCUCCGGCACAUUCAUCCGCCGUACCGUUGAUCCCUCCAGCCCGCACGAGUCGUUCUCCGGAACCUUCAUUCACCGCACCAGCGGUGCCUCCAGUCCACAGGAGUCCUUCUCUGGUGCCGGCGGGGGGUUUGGGUCCUCAUUCUUGAGUCGUUCCGUCGGGCAGGCGGAGGAGGACCGGCAGCCAUCACUGCUGAUGCAGCAGCAGCAAUCAAGGCGGAAGGCAUCGGUGAGCUCUGUCCCGGAUAGCAUUGCCAGGGAGGACCCUUCAACCAAGUAUGAGCUGCUCCAUGAGCUCGGGAAAGGUUCGUACGGUGCAGUCUACAAGGCAAGGGAUCUCAGAACACAGGAGCUUGUGGCUGUCAAGAUCAUCUCCUUAACAGAAGGGGAAGAAGGAUAUGAAGAUAUACGGGGAGAAAUUGAGAUGCUACAGCAAUGCAGUCAUCCUAAUGUUGUUCGCUACUUUGGAAGUUAUCAAGGAGAAGACUAUCUCUGGAUAGUUAUGGAGUAUUGUGGUGGUGGAAGUGUUGCUGACUUGAUAGGCAUUACAGAGGAGCCCCUUGACGAACCACAAAUAGCUUAUAUAUGUCGAGAAGCACUAAAGGGUCUUGCUUACUUGCACACGAUUUUUAAAGUUCAUAGAGAUAUUAAGGGUGGCAACAUUCUACUGACUGAGCAAGGCGAGGUGAAGUUGGGUGAUUUUGGUGUAGCUGCCCAGCUGACGAGAACCAUGUCAAAGCGUAACACGUUCAUCGGUACUCCGCACUGGAUGGCACCAGAGGUCAUUCAAGAAAGUCGUUAUGAUGGAAAGGUAGAUGUUUGGGCACUUGGCGUUUCUGCAAUUGAGAUGGCAGAGGGCAUGCCACCGAGAUCCACCGUGCACCCAAUGAGAGUGAUCUUCAUGAUAUCUAGUGAACCUGCACCGAUGCUGGAGGAUAAGGAGAAGUGGUCUCUUCUCUUCCAUGAUUUUAUUGCCAAAUGCCUAACUAAAGAGCCGAGACUUCGCCCUGCUGCAAUUGAGAUGCUGAAGCACAAAUUUAUUGAGAAGUGCAACACUGGAGCUUCAAAAAUGCUGGCAAAGAUUAAGGUAGCAAAGAAGAUCACAGCCACAGUUGCCAUGCAAAACCAGCUGGCUGACCCUGACAAUGACUCAGCUGUUCGAACAAAUGAAGACUAUGGGGAAACUGUUGUGCAAAGCUCCCAGUCAAAUCACGAAACAAAUGAGGACGGUUGCGCAGGUGAUUUUGGUACAAUGAUAGUUCAUCCUGAAGAUGGUGAUGAUGUGGCUGAAUCAUCUAUUUUCCCAAGAACAGAGUUAAUACCAGGUCUUGGUAGCAUCAACUCUUUCACACAUGAUCCGAAGAGAGCUGAGCUGAUUUCAAAUUUUUGGAUGGAGAGCACAGCUGAUAGUGAUGCCAAAGAGCGGGAUUUAGAUGGACCUCCUGACACUCAAGAACCAAAAGCAGUGCCACCUUCAGCUGGAACAGUAAAAAAGCAAAAGGGUGCGGAAGGGACUAUGCCGCGCAUCGAUAGUCAAAUUAGCUCUGCGUCACCAGGUGUUGCUGGUACAUUGACAAAAUUAAACAGCAGUCCAAGCCGUAAAGCAUUUUCGGUUCAGGAUAAGCUCUGGUCAAUUUACGCUGCUGGCAACACUGUACCCAUUCCAUUUCUUAAGGCAAUUGACAUUUCACCACUAGCUCUAGUAUCGGAUAGUGUAUCAGGAAAUGGCCCGGCUGGUUCAAGUACAACUGAUGCAUUGGAGGCAGUUAGGGAGCUUUUCAGUGGUGACGGGCAGGCAAAGAAAGGGCGCAAAGGGCAAAAUGAAGUCCCUCUUCCUCCUGGUGUGCACCAUAGAUUGACCACGAGCCCUACAUUGAUGAACCUUGCCCAAGCUCUUGCUUACCAUAAGAUGUGCUAUGAGGACAUGCCUCUGCAAGAUUCACAAGCGACAGAAGAGCAGCAGACAAUACAAAACCUUUGUGAUACACUUCGGACCAUACUGAGAUUGUAGACAUCCAUGAGUAAAGAGGCCAUCGUUUAGGACUACCGCACACCUGAAGUGCUGCAUGAAGGAAAGGGGUGAUCUUGCAUUUUCUUGACAGUGGGCAUCAUGAUUCUGCUCAGCCUUGGGUUGUCUGGGAUCAAUGCUGAUUCGACUCAGAAGAGGAAAAAGCAGGCACAGCAUGGUGCAGACUGCAGAUCAACGCUGAUGGAGCUUGUGAUCUAUUUUGGUUUGCUGGUGACUCUUAAGUUGGAUGAACAUACAGGGUUCCAUUCUGGAAAUGGGAAAUUUUGUGUUGUGUUUAUAGCCUCUUGGUCUUUCCGGUGGUUUAGGGUUUUGUAUAUACAGAUUGUGUAGUCGAGUUUUGCUAAUCCAUUUUUGCGGCUCAAAUGACGAUCUGAACUAUGAUUGCAUCUUAACUGUUUCACCCCAAAUAAAUAGGAGUAAUUUCCGGGCA